AAAUUAUUAAACUUUUAGUAUUUGAUUUUAAUUCAUCAUAUAGGAAUUAAAUUGUGUAGUAAAAUUGAAAAAAAAAAAAAAUUAAAGUAAAAUGGCAAUGGAAAGAAAAAUGUCAGCAACACAGGAUACGGUAUUUCAUGCACGUUCUGAAGGUAUUUCAGCAGAAGGUAUCCGUGAUCAAUAUGCAGAUGGUAAAGCAGCAAAAGUUUGGGAAAUUUUUAUUGGUGAUAAACGUUCACGAACCGCCAAUUAUAAAAAAUUUUUAAUAGAUAUUUUGAGAGCAAAAGGUUGUAAAAGAAUUUUAGACGUUGCUUGUGGAACUGGGGUAGAUUCAGUUAUGUUAAUUGAAGAAGGCUUUGAAGUUGCUUCUAUAGAUGCUUCAGAUAAAAUGCUAAAAUAUGCAUUAAAAGAGAGAUGGAACAGAAGAAAAGAACCAGGAUUUGAUAAUUGGAUAAUAGAGGAAGCGAAUUGGCUUACACUUUACGAUGACAUACAUCAUUUUAUUGGAGAUGGUUUUGAUGCUGUUGUUUGCUUAGGGAAUUCUUUCGCUCACAUGAUGGAUUCCUAUGGUGAUCAACGCGAACAAAAGCAAGCAAUAACAAACUUCAAGAAAUGUUUGAAGAAAGGUGGUAUUCUUUUAAUUGAUCAUAGAAAUUACGAUAAUAUAUUAGAAACAGGAGCAACACCUGCGAAAAGUUUAUAUUAUAACACUGCCCACACAGUUGAUAUCAAAACAUCAGUACUAUUGUAUUGUGGUAAACCAUCAAUGGUCACUAUGGACUAUCAAAUAUUAGUAAAUGGAGAAGUAAACGAAUUUCGAUUAUCAUACUAUCCACAUGUUUUAGAUGUUUUUACAAAAACUGUCAAAAAUAUUUUUGGAGAUAAAGCUGAGCAUAAAAUUUUCGGGGAUUUCAAACCAUUAAAUGAAAUCGCAAAACCAGCUUUUUAUAUUCAUUUAUUGGAAAAAAUAAAUUGAUGCAAAUAUAAAAGUACAAUAUAAAAUAAAAAUACGUUUUAAAUAACAUCAA